GAACUACCGUUCCCAGGAGGCCCCGCGGCGGCCCGGCGGCCAGGGCCUGAGCAACAUGCGGGUCGUGCGCGCGGGCUGGGGGCGCCUGGGGGCCGCGGUGCGGACGUGGGCGCUGGCGGUGGCCCCGCGCGGGCGCGUGGCGGUGCGGCUGCCCGGCCCCGUCCGCGUGCGGCCGCUCGACCCGCUGCGGCCGCCGGGCGCGGAGCGCGUGCUGGUGAGGGCGCGCGGCGGCGGCCUGCACGUGCUCUAUGACGAGGCGCGGCGGGAGGUGGCCGUCGCCGCGGGGGGCGGCGGCGCCGUGGACGUGACAGCGCCCGCCUGCUUCGAUUUGGAUAUCAAGACAUGGGGGACUGGCUGUGUAAAGGUAGAGAAUAUGGAGUGUGAGAACUGCAGAAUAGAAACUGAGAAGGGGACUAGCAUCUUAAAUUCCAUAAAGUUUCAGACAUCACCACAUCAUGCUGCUUUAAGAAUAUUCAAAAGUCAUACAAUCCAUGUGCAAACUAAUGGAGGCAAAAUAAUUGGUCUGGGAAGUCUUCAUGGAAAUACAGAUAUUCAUGUGACAGGGGAGUGUAGUGUGAAUAUAGAGAAGUUGCAGGGAACAUCUAUCAACAUAUCUACUGAGGACGGUUUGUUAAAGACCAAGUAUCUUUAUGCAGAGUCUUCAUUUCUGUCUUCAGCAGCUGGUGAUAUUCUACUGGGAAGUGUUCAUGGUGACAUCACCAUUGAAACCAAAACAGGAAACAUCACAGUAGAUUCAGCGGAUGGAUGUCUAAAAGCUUCUACACAUCAGGGGAUGAUAGAUGUUUAUGUCAGUCAAGGAAAAAACAUAGAUCUGAAAUCCCAAAAAGGCUCUAUUACAGUCAAGGUGCCUGCCUCUUUUAAAGCUUAUUUACAGCUAUCUGGAAGUAAGGUGGACGUGAGCCCAGAGAUUGAGUUAAAGGAAAUCCAAAGUGCCCCCAAAGAUGGUCACAUAACUAUUACUGGUCACAUGAAUCAACCAAAUGACACAGACCAAUGGAUUAAAGCGACCACACAAAAUGGCACCAUACAUCUUAAAAGCCAAAGCUGGUUCCAGUCCAUCAAGUUGCAAGUCCCUUGAAGAGCAGGCCAAAGUUUUGCAGAAGUAGAACAAGUAACAAACCCCCAAACAGUGGGAAGUAAACGAGUUCUUUCCUGCCUUGCCCAUCUAGAAGGUGAGCAUUUCAGGGAAGGAGCUCUCUCUGGCUUUGUGCAUGUUCCAGUGGGUCUGACUUUGCUUGUGGCCUCUACUUCGAAAAGCCUCUCUGUCUGCAUACUGUAAGGUGGUGUUAGUCACAGAGCUAUAAAUAUUUGUGGUAGCACAUUUAAAAAUUUUGUGACCUAAUGUUGAUUAUGUGAGGGAAGCAAGGAAAAGAGGAGUUCCCAGCUCCAGCUCUGUUGUAAUUGGCCCGUUCAUGUGCCCGGAGGUACUGUAAAUCAUAGAAGCACUUUUUAAAAUUAUCUGCUGCUGCGCUACCCUCAGUUAUAUUUGCUCAGUUAUCCAUACACAGUAGAUAAGAGAGGACUAGUUUAACCUUAGUUCAAUCUAAUUAAAAGCCACAACAGUCACUGCCUGCCCCCACUGAUAUAUAUUUGUGCUUUUUUAUUGUUGUGAGGGACUUGGAUUAUUUUUUAUAUUUGUCAUUUCAAGUUAAGUAAAGCUCAUUAUAAGAAGUUUGAAUUUCCUGAUUUUUUUUUUUUGAUUUUUUUUUUUUAAAGGUUUGUGUUCCUGAAUUUUUCUCAGAAGUGUUCUGCAUUGACACUUGAAAAUAAAGACCAAAGCCAAAACAGCUA